UGGUUAAAAAUAACAUUUUAAGAAAAUAAAUUGUAAAAAAUAAUCUGGGUGUAUGACUUUGUGUCUGUGGUAACUCUUUGCCACGCCUCUUCGCCUCCUAAUAUAACCAACAUAGAGGAAAUGUUGUUUCUGUAUGAGAGAGGAUCUUCGGACUAAAAUACUGUCCAGGUGGCGAGAUCUUCCACUGAGGGACUUGACAAAUCAGAGGGGUCUAAAAAUACCCACUUUAUUCGGACCUCAAUAUGGGGGUAUUAAUAUCCCGGUUUAGGACUAAGCCAUCCACUGUAGAGGUUUUGGAAGGAAUUGAUAAGGAUAUACAGACUGGUGAGGAAUGUAGAGAACUGUAUCAAAGACAGUUGAAGCAAUGGAUAUGGAGACUACUGCUGUACUCGUCUCUUCUCUACCUGAUGGCCAGCAUAAUUGUGUAUCUCUGGUACCUCCCUGAACAGAUGAUUGGGAAGGUCAUAUUGGCCCUUCCGUAUGUGAUAUUUCCACUAUUUGUAUGCCUCCUUCGAAAGGGGCUGAUUGCUCUUUUUAACAGAAGAACGGAAAAAAACAAUGAAAAAUUGGACGAUCUCAAAUCACAAAAACGAAAAAUUCUGUUAGAGGUGAUGGAAACUGAAACCUAUAAAACUGCAAAAAUGAUUCUGGAGAGAUUUGAUCCUGACUCAAAAGCAAAGGUGCCAGUAUCCCUUCCAAAUGAAAUGCCUAUGACUCCAAAACCUCACCAGGAACUCCGUCAGCGUCAUGUCACUCCUCGUCCCCCGAUGGCGUUGACUCCUGCCGCAGCCCGUCCUCCUCGUCCCCCGGUGGCGGUGACUCCUGCCGCAGCCAGUCUUCUUCUGGCCCCAGGGGCCACCCAUGCAGGGCCACCCCUCCACUCCGCUCCUGGAGGACCCCCAGAGAGGAUCCUGUCUGAGGCUGCUCAGCAGAGCUUGAUGAAGAGGCCCAUGACCCCUGGCACACUUGUUCCAGGAGUGGGCCCUCCCCUGCCCAGACCUGUCCUCCCCAGGGAUCGCGGCGCCAUGGACAGGGUUAUUGAGUACCUUGUCGGCGAUGGCCCUCAGAAUAGAUAUGCCCUCAUAUGUCAGCAGUGUCUCACCCAUAACGGCAUGGCAUUAAAAGAGGAAUUUGAAUAUAUUGCCUUUAGAUGUGCAUAUUGUUGUUUCCUGAACCCUGCGAGAAAGGCCAGACCCCAAGCCCCCCGACUCCCUGAGAUCGGUGCCGAGACGAAGAUCCUCACCGACGCACCCGUCGCAACACCACCUGAAGCCGAUGAGAGCCCCGUUGCUGCAGUUGAGGAGAAAUGGCCUUCUCCCCUAGCUGUAGAGGAGAUCCAGGAGUUGACAGUUACUCCAACAGAGAGUGCCCCUGAAACAAAAGGGUCAGAAACCCCAGGCUGUCUGCGAACCACCCCAGAGAAGUCCGAUGGAGAACUGGAUAUGUCCGAUAUGGAGGUUCAAUAGAAUGUUGUUUCAACAUCAUUUUAGGCUGGAGCUAAUAUUCUUUUUUUUAGGUAUUUUUCUUAGUUUUUUAAAAGUAAACUUAAUAACAUCAAUGCUGUGAGUAAGAAUCGUAGAAUGACAGGCUAAGGGUUUGGUAUGAACUUAAAUAAAUAAAACAUUUUUUCCUGUCUGUUAUAGUGAUAGCAUAUAAACUGAAUCCUGAUGGUAGGGGAUAAUGGACAGGCAAUACUCUUGGGAUUUGACGCGAUGUCAAUACUUUCAUUCACUAUUCCAGCACUUCCAUCCAUGAAGCAAAGAGCAGGUCUGCUAGCUAAGCGUUUGGCAUUGAUGCACAGCUGUAGAAUGUUUAUAUAUAUAUUUUUUUUUUCUUUUCCUUUUUAGUGUUUUAAAUAUUAAGCGGAUAAGCAAUUUGCCACAUGACUAUAUUGUCUGUUUUGUGUGACGAUGUCUGUCCAUGUUGUCUACAGACAGGUAAACAUGCUAAUGCAUGCUACUAUUACUUAAUAAUAAUAAUGCAGAGGCCAAAUGUAGCUAAGCAGUUGGUUUGUAGAAUGCCGUUUUCUUCAGUUUGUUUUGCGUGAGUUAUUUGCUACAUUGUCACUAUUUUUUUGUUCAUUUUUUGUUGUUGUGAAUGUCUGGCCAUGUUUACAGAAAUGCAAAAAAAAUAUACUGUCCGGUGUUCUAUGAAAUCUGUAUAUUUAUAGUUGAUGAUAUUUAUAGAUACUACAGUAUUGGGAUACAGUGCCUUUUGAUCAGCAUUGAAUAGGUUUUGGAUACUUCAAGCACCAUGUGGCUAACAUGUUUACACAGUAAUGGUACUAUCAGGAGUGCUUGGUUACAUAUGUAUUGCUUAAAAGGAGAAAGAUGUUCUGCUCUACUCUGCAUCCGAGUGUGUUGCGCGUUUAUACUUUGAAAUAAAGAUAGUCAAUUUCAGUAAGCUGCAUGUGUUCGCUUAGCAUGAUGAAUUUUCCAGUUUCACAAUGUGACAGAAUUGUUUUGACGUUCUCCUCAGCAGCUAUACCAACUGGAGGUCGACCGAUUUAUGAUUUUUAACGCAGAUACCGAUUUAUUGGAGAACCCAAAAAAAGCUGAUACUGAUUUAAUCAGCUUUUUAAAAAUAAAUAUAUUUGUAAUAAUGACAAUUACACCAAUACUGAAUGAACAAUGAACACUUAUUUUAACUUUAUAUAAUCAAUUUAGUCUCAAAUAAUGAAACAUGUUCAAAUAAUGCAAAAACAGCAUUGGAGAAGAAAGUAAAAGUGCAAUAUGUGCCAUGCAAAAAAGCUCAUGUUUAAGUUCCUUGUUCAGAACAUAUGAAAGCUGGUGGUUUAUUAUUCCCAGUUCUUCAAUAUUCCCAGUUAAGAAGUUUUAGGUAGUAGUUAUUAUAGGAAUGAUGACUUUCUCUCUAUACCAUUUGUAUUUCAUAUACCUUUGAAUAUUGGAUGUUCUAAUAGGCACUAUAGUAUUGCCAGCCUAAUCUCAGGAGUUGAUAGGCUUGAAGUUAUAAACAGUGCAAUCCUUGAAGCACUGCUGGCAAACGCAGGAAAGUGCUGUUUGAAUGAAUGCUUACGAGCCUGCUCGAUCAAAUCACGGACUUAAUUAUAAUAAACACACAGAAAUACGCGCCUUAGGUCAUUAACAUGGUCAAAUCCUGAAACGAUCAUUUCGAAAACCAAACAUUUAUUCUUUCGGUGAAAUACAGAACAGUUCCGUAUCUAACGGGUGGCAUCCUAAAGUCUAAAUAUUGCUGUUACAUUGCACAACCUUCAAUGUUAUGUCGUCAUUAUGUAAAAUUCUGGCAAAUGAAUUAAUUUUUUUGUUAGGAAGAAAUGGUCUUCACACAGUUCGCAACGAGCCAGGCGGCCUAAACUGCUGCAUAUACCCUAACUCUGCUUGCACAGAACGUAAAAGUGACACAAUUUCCCUAGUUAAAAGAAAUUCAUGUUAGCAGGCAAUAUUAACUAAAUAUGCAGGUUUAAAAAUAUAUACUUUGAUUUUAAGGCAUUGAUUUUUGAUAUUAAGAGAGGCAUUGAUUAUUGAUUUUUGAUAUUACGAGAGGCAUUGAUUAUUGUUAGGUACACAUUGGUGCAACUGUUUUUCAACUUUUUUUGCGAAUGCGCUUGUUAAAUCAUCACCCAUUUAGCGAAGUAGGCUGUGAUUCGAUGAUAAAUUAACAGGCACCGCAUUGAUUUAUUUGCAAUGCAGGACAAGCUAGUUAAACUAGUAAUAUCAUCAACCAUGUGUAAUUAACUAGUGAUUGAUUGAGUUUAAUUCAAGCUAGCAACUUACCUUGGCUCCUUGCUGCACUUGUGUAACAAGUGGUCAGCCUGCCACGCAGUCUCCUUGUGGAGUGCAAUGUAAUGGGCAUCCAAAAAUACCGAUUAUGAAAACUUAAUAGGCCCUAAUUAGUCGGCCCGACCUCUUAAUACCAACCCUACCUCCAGCUGAUGCAGACAAUACUGCUACGGGUAUGUCUUUGCUCACUCAGUUCAAACUUCAAUGUAGAGCAAGUAUUUGACUAUAUUUGACUUAAGUCGAUCACGGUGAGCCAAAGGGAGAAUCACUUGUAAACACUGGGGAUAAAGAUCAUUUUCAUUUGAGACCAAGCAGCCUGCUUCCCCCAGCUAAAGGGUAGAAACAGGACCCCCCUCCCAGAGAAUUCAAAUGGUGUGCUGGAUGUCCCUGUUUUAUAAAUGUUCCUGUGAAAACGGCAAUCUUCUGCACUGUCCUUAAGAUCUGGCAAGGAUCCUAAUUAUGGGCAAGAACCUGGCUACAAAUGGUGUCCUCUGUCAGAUAUACUUUUCAGGAGUCAAAUCAAAGUGAAAUGUUGUGGUGAUUCUAGAUCCUACGCAGACAUUACAUCGGUAAAGCUCCCGGACCAGGAUACUACUUAUACCGUACAUAGGAUUUUAAAAGUUGAAUAGAAUGUUUUCAACAUGUGAAUACAUGUGGAGCUGGGUAUUGUUUUAAAAUGUAAUGGUUAGCAGUGUGCUCAAGUUUUGUCAAUCAUUUUAUUUAACUAGGCAAGUCGGUUAAGAACAAAUUCUUAUUUACAAUGACGGCCUACCCCGGGCAAACCCUAACCUGACGACGCUGGUCCAAUUGUGUGAUGCCCUAUGGGACUCCUAAUCACGGCCAGUUGUGAUACAGCCUGGAAUCGAACCAGGGGUGGUCGAUUUUCUAAGUAAUUCUCCACAUUGUCAUUGUUGUAUACCAGUAUUGAACAGGUUUUCCAAGCACAAUAUGGAGUUAACCACAUGUUUGCAUAGUAAAGGUACAAUGAGUGCUUACUUAUCUAUGCAUUGCUUAACACGAGAAAAAAAGAUGUACUCUGCACCCAAGUGUCUUAAAGUGCUUGUGAAAAUGCUAAUUUCAUAAUUUGAUUUUGAUUAAAGGUUCAAAACUA